GAAGGGGAGAGCGGUCCAUCCCAUGCGUCCAUGCAGGCUGUUUUUGACCUGCAAGCCUUCCGUCCAGUGGUGAAUCUCAGCAAUCCCACUGUGACUAACAUCUCCUUCACGCUGUAUGCCAUACUCGGGGUGAACGAGAAGACCCAGAUACUUACCACGUUCCUGUGGCUAAGACUGUACUGGAACCAUGAGUUCCUCCUUUGGGAGCCUGACCAGUGUGAUGGAGUCACCAGGAUUUCUCUCCCUGUCAAGAAACUCUGGUCCCCGGAUAUCAUCGUCUAUGAGUUCGUGGAUGACGACGUGUCCCAAGCGUGCCCGUACGUCUACGUCAACCACACGGGCCACAUUCGCUGGGACAGGAUGCUGCGUCUGGUCUCAGCCUGCAACCUGGAGAUCUUCAGUUUCCCUUUUGACGUGCAGAAUUGCACUUUUACCUUCGGCUCCUACAUGCACACCGUACGUGAUGUGAGGGUGGGUCCGGCGCUGACCUUUAAAGAGAUGUCUGGAAACUCAAAGCGGUACCUGGAAACCAGCGGCGAGUGGGAACUGGUGGAGAUACUGGGAGAGACCUCCAUCCUGCGGUUUGGGAUUGACGAAUGGGACAUCAUCACUUUCUGGGUGGUGAUAAAGCGACGCCCCGUGCUCUACGUGGUCAACCUGCUGAUCCCCAGCUCCUUCCUCAUGCUCAUCGACAUCCUGUCCUUCUACCUGCCGCCCCACAGUGUGGACCGGGCCUCCUUCAAGAUGACCCUCAUCCUGGGAUACACCGUCUUCCUGCUCAUCAUGAACGACCUGCUGCCCAGCACCGCCAACGGAACGCCCAUCAUAGGUAUUUAUUUCUCCGUGUGUCUGGCCCUCAUGGUGAUCAGUCUGCUGGAGACGGUCAUCAUCACCAAUGUUCUCCACAACAACUCCAUGAAACACCAAGAAGUUCCACACUGGGUGAGGGUGGUGGUCCUGAAACACAUCGCCAACCUCAUCUGUUACCGCUGGCGCGAGGACGGCCGGCCGCCCUCUGUCACUCAUGACAAGCCUUCGGAAGGUCAAGGUGCACUCACCCAACCCGCCAGGAGGACAUCCGCCCAGAAUCCAACCAGCAAUGAGGGCACGGCUGCGGUGGCCCAGCUCCAACAAAUCUGUCAGCACCUGAGCGAGCUUCGUGCUCACGUCAUCUCCGCGCAGAAGGAGAGCGAGCUACACGAGCGAUGGUGUCACGUGGGGUACGUCCUGGACUUCCUGCUCUUCCGCAUCUACCUGCUGCUCAUCUCCUGCUACGCCGUGGUCAUCAUCUCCAUGUGGUGCGUCUGGAUCAGCCACGUCUAGACUAAUCCUUUCAGCUCACCG